AUGCUGGUAAUUCGCAGCUGCAGAGCCGCUGCCUUUUCGCAGUGCCACGGGCUUGCGGGCAGGUACAGCUUCCAACCCGGCGAAGCCGUGCCCAACCAACCGGAGAAAAGCUUCCCCGCGGUGAACACCGCGGAGGGUUGCGAGUGGAGCUCGGAUGGGUCUCUCUUGGGUCUUGUCGACCCUGCUGGCGGCGUCACCGUGUACAGCGCCGCUCAGGGCUACGAGCCGGUGUGCCAGGUGCCCCCGCUGGUGGGCGGCCCGGUGAGGAACUUUUACUUUUCCCCUUUGGGCACGCACCUGGUGACCUACGAGCGCUGGGUCAAGGACGCCGGUGACAAUGUGGGCGUCUGGGACGCGAAGACAGGCGAGAAGCGCUUCUCGUUCAUUCUCAAGAACAUGACCGGGAUGACCUGGCCACCUCUGAAAUGGACAAGUCUGGAGACGCACUGCUGCCGAAUGGUGCAGGACGGCGUCCAGAUCUUGCCAGGCUCCUGCGAGCGGUCGGAGGUCACGCGCAUAGACGCGCCGGGGAUCAUGGCAUUCGAGGUCUCACCGCGUGGAUCCGGUCCCCAAGGUAGCGGAUCUCCCCAUGUGGCGCUAGUCGUGGCCGAGAUGAAGGGCCAGCCCGCCAGAUGCCAGGUCACCAUGAAGUGGAACAACGUCGGCACGGCAGUGCUUGUGAAAUCCGCCAUGGAGGUCGAUGACACUGGGAAAAGCUACUACGGCGGUGCGAAUCUCUACUUUCUGCGUGCAGACGGCGAAGAGUCGGCCCUUGUAGCGUCCGCUGACGGUGGUGCGAUCCACGAUGCGCAGUGGAGCCCAACUCAGGACGAGUUCAUCCUUCUGCAUGGAGAGCUUCCAUGCCCGGCUGGACUCUACGAAGGCCGCAAGGGUAACAAGCGCGUGGACUUUGGCAGUGGUCAUCGCAAUACCAUCAGGUGGAACCCUUUCGGCCGCUUCUUCGUUCUCGGUGGUUAUGGGCAAUUGCUUGGAGACACCGACUUCUGGGACAAGCCUGGGAAGCAGCUGAUGGCCAGCCGGCGGAUGGAGUGUUGUGUGGUAUGUGGCUGGGCCCCAGAUGGGCGCCACUUCCUCACCGCCACUACGGCGCCAAGGAUGCGCGUGGACAACAAGAUUGAGCUCUUCGACUACCUUGGUGCCCCACUUGGCAAGCUGGAGUUCGACGAGCUGCUCCUUGCAGGCUGGCGGCCACGACCGCGAGGAGCCUUCCAGGACCGGGCACCCAGUCCGGGCCGAAGUGCCCCGGCCUCCCAGGCCAAGGCAGCGGCGAAGCCAAAGGCAGCCCAGGCCUACAGACCGCCCGGCGCUCGGGCUGGUGGCGGCCUUGCCGACCUUCUGCGAAAGGAGCUGGGCUCCACGUCGGCCGAUGCAGCCACAACUGCCACAAAGGUGGGUGCUCCGACGGCUGCGCCAAUCUCCUUGCCUCCAGGAGCCUCUGCGGAGGACUUCCAGAAGGGUAACCAAGGAGGCACCGGCAGCGGGAGCAGCCGCAACGCAAGGAAGAAGAAGGCGAAAGAGGCUGCCGCCCAGGCAGCACCCGAGCCCGAUGUGGAGAAGUUCGUGCCACCUCCCCGGACAGGCGACGCAAAGCCGGCGCCAUCAGCGUGCACGGCGGCGGAGUCUCAGGAAGCCGUCGGAGGUGACGAGGUGGAGAAGAAGGUCCGCGCGCUGAGGAAGAAGCUGCGGGACAUCGAGAAGCUAAAGGAGAAAGUUGCCACUGGAGCUCCCAUAGACCCGCUGCAGAAGCAGAAGCUCGACGGAGAGGCCGAACUCAUCCAGCAGCUCAGAUUUGCUGAAAGGCUUCUGGCCUGGGAGUUCCAGGUGGUUUUCCCAGCGGCUCCGAGGCACAACCGCAUCGGUGACGUUGGCAGCAAGCGCCUGUCCAAAGCCAUCAAGGGCCAUCCUUCGUUGGUGCAGCUGGAUCUGCAGGACAAUGCCGUGGCAAUUGCUGGUGCAGAGAGCUUGUUUGCUGCAUGCGGGAAGAGGCUCGAGUUGAACAUGCAGAACAACCCCGUGCCUCCGGAGAAGAUCACCCAGCUUGGGGCAUCCUUGAAGGAGGCGAGGGAGAAGCUCCACCUCAUGGCUUUCGGUGGUGGAACUCCAGGUUCUGCGAAGGGGACUUUGCGGCCGCCGCGGUCCCGCGAGGGCCGGGAGGGCGGUGGGAGGAGCCCGGCGAGGAGCCCAGCCCAAAGCACCGCACGGAGCCCAGCGCUGAGCGCCGCUCAAAGCCCAACGAGGAGCAGGGCUUCCUCGUUCUUACCGGGGAUAUCGAAAGAGGAGAUUGGCUGA